AUGUCCAGUAUGAAAAGUGUAAUUGUUAUUAUGGUUGUAAUAGCAAUGUGUUUUCUACCUUUAAUGGAAUCCAAACCAGUAAAAGAAAGUAAAAAAAAUGAAGAAACACCAAUUAACACUGAUGUAGAACAACCCAUAGUAAAGAAUACUGAAAUAAAGAAAAAUGAACAAGCAAAUGUGAAUGAAGAUCAAAACGAUAAGGAACUUGUAAACAAUGAAGAAAAUCCAUUACUGAGACCUAGUGGUGAGAAAGGACUGGAUUCCAAACCUGAAAUUUCAAGUGAAGAAGAUAACUCGAAACCAGAAGGCGAUUCUAAUGAAGAUCAUCGACCACCACCUUCUUCAGAGGAAGAAUGUAGUGGUUGCGAUUUUCGUAAAUCAUUAUUUGCUUACGAUGUAAAAAAGACUUACAUUGAAGAAAAAAAAGCCUAA